AUGAGACUCUCUGUUAUCGCUUCCCUUGUGGCUUUGUCUGCUUCCGCUGUUUCUGCUGCUGUCGAUAGAGUUGUUGUCUUUGCUGAUAGCUACACCGAUGACGGCAACGAUUACAAGAAUAGCAACUUCCCUCCCAGCCCCCCCUAUUACGAGGGACGAUAUUCUAACGGACCCACGUGGUUAGAGUAUGUCGCCAAGGAUGUCUCUAUCCCUGUUGAGAAUCAUGGUUACGGUGGAGCCACUACGAAUAAUUUGGACGCAUAUUCUGAAUUUAACGGUUGGACUGUACCUGGUCUCAAGCAACAAGUCUCCACUUUGGAAUCCAGUGGUACUGCUGACAGUUUGUACAUUAUCGAAAUCGGUUACAAUGACUUGAAUUCUAUCAUCAACCCUGAUCAAUACAAGGUUGUCAACAAGAACUAUUCUUACGAGAAGGUUGGUCAAAACGUCGCUAGUGCUGUCAAGGACAUCAUCGCCAAGUACCACGCCAAGGAAUUCGCCUUCUUCAGCGUUGCUCCCUUUGACCAUUGGCCCGUCAUCAAGGAUGCUGACAAGCCCAAGGCUAAGAAGAUGAUCAAUGACUACAACAACUAUGUUCAAGGUGAAAUCAAGAAGAUUAGCGGCAUCAACGCCAAGUUUUAUGACCUCCAUGGCUGGUUUGAAGAACAAAUUGCCAAUCCUGCCCCUCUGGGUUUGUCCGUCACCAAUGGUCCUUGUGUCUGGGGCAUUGGCAACACCACUGCUUGUACAGAUACUGACAAGCACUUCUUCUGGGACAGUUACCAUCCUGAAGCCAAAGUGCAUAAGGCCUGGGGUGAAUGGGCUCUCCAGAACUUGAAGUCAGACUAUCAAAUCAAUUAA